AUUCAGACAGCUGCACAGGCUGAUGAUGAGGAAUGGCGGCGAAGGCUUGCCAAGCUGGGAAACGAAAUUGCCCACGACACUCUGUCGCGGAACGGGUAUGAUGAAGGGAAAUGUCGCAACGUCCUCGUAAGAUAUUGUGCACACAUACCCCGGAACUAUCAAUACCGGGACGGUGUUCAACUUGUGUUUCUGGUUCUGCGUGAGCAUCUCGGAGACGAAAAUCUGGAUCUAGCUGGUGGUGUGCUGUACGAGUUGAUCGAGAUUGACUGCCAAUAUUCUGACGACCCAGGUGCCGAGUUUCAACGUUGGAAGCAUGAUCAUCUCAAUCGACAUUCCAACCUAGAGUUGCCCCAUAUACCUCAUAUGAGUACAAUCACCUCGUCCAUACGGCCCACAGUUAGUCUUGUGCGGUGGCGCCAGCAGCAUCCGCAUCGAUAUCCUACCAGACUUUCAGACUACUACCCUUCGACCAGGGUAAGCUCGAACGAGCCCAGUUGCAUACGCAGUCGCAAAGCUUGGAUGAUUGACCAUACUAUGUACGUUUCCACCCGCGAAGGUGGCACCUGUGCUUUCCGCAGUCCCAAUCCUAAGGAGCUGCAUGAAAUGCAAUGGCAGCUUGGCACCGGAAAGGCUGGCAGGUUUAUCAAAGAAGAAGAAGUCAUCCUGACUACUUCAAUUCACCAAGGGGCGAAGACGAAAGACUUGAACGACAGCCCCGAUGACUAUGUUGUGCCUAUGGACAGAUCAGACCUCAGAAGAUCUCUGUCUCUCCUUCGUGCGCUUAGAAAGAGAAGGGACACUUUGAUGUCACCAGAUGCCGGAGGACCGCCGCCUAGGAGCAAACGCCUCAGUUGGUUCUCGAACAUGUUUGGACUAGAGACCGUUCUCUCCUUUAGAGAAUCUCCUGAUCUGAAACCCGUUCCAUUGCCCGAAGGCUGCGUGGCGCCGCAUGCGAUUUUCGCUAGGAAAUUUUCCUUGAUAGCCGACAAUCAGCCUAUGCCGUUGUCUAUGUCUCACGAGAUGAUGCCCACAGCGGAUAUCAAGGCCAGGAAACUGCUGGCGGAUGCUGCCGUGCAGGGAGUGAUGGGCCCUUCCUAGGAGUUUCGUGGCCCAUUCACGCCUCAACUUGGCUUUGAUGGUGGACUAGACCAUCGGCGGGUCUUUGUCGACCAUGCUGCUGCGCCAUCCCGCGCAAACCGACUCCUAACUCACGAGACAGCUGCCGGUCCUCGUAGGCAAAGC